AAACGGGAAAGCAGACCAUUCCCUCCUCUUUCCACCCCCGUCAUCCUAGGGUUCUUCUCAGCAGGAAUCUACUUCGAUUCUUUUUCAACCAUUUUAAUGUUUCGAUAAAUCAAUGGCGAGAGAAGCUCAGGGUCCUGCUUUAGUUGAUCCUCUCGCCAACUACUGGGGACUCGCCCUCUUUCCUCAGACAUCCAGCGUGCCACCCGAUUCUUCAAAGCCCUAUAAUCCCGACGCAGACCUUGAUACCAUCGACAAUCAUCUCAGAUCCAUGGCCUUGGGAAGUCCCAGUAAGCUUCUGAAGCAGGCUAAGUCCAUAGUAGAUGGUAAUCCAGGACCAAUCAUCUCUGAAGUAUUCCGUGAUUCAGCACCUUGUGAGACAAGUUAUGUUGUUUCGGAAGAAGUUCCGGAGAAUCCUCGAGAACGGAGGCCAGCCUUGGGCCACAAGCGUGCCCGUUUCUCUUUGAAGCCAAAUAGAAAUCAUCUUAGCGAGAUUUUGAAACCAAGUGUCGACAUUGAUAGUCUGAAAGAUCCAGAGGAAUUCUUCAAGGCCCAUGAACGUUUAGAAAAUGCAAAAAGAGAAAUACAGAAGCAAACGGGUAAUAUAUUGUUUGAACCAAACGAGAACAAUACAUCCACUAAUGCACGGCACCGUCGCCCAGGACUCAUGGGGAAUAACCAGAGGAGGUCAGUCAGAUACAAGCAUCGAUACUCAAUAGAAACUUCUGGUCAGAAGGAGGAUAUCCCAUCAUCUCAAGGGAAAUAUGAAUCUGGAGGCCUUGAUCCUGUCCGUGAGAGCCCAGAAAAAGCUGAGGCUCAUCCUGCAUCACUGAGGAGUGAACUAGCUAAUUCAUCUGCCAUGAAAGAGAACAACCACAAUAACAUAUUGGAUGAAUUACUACAUAACAGUGAAGAUCUAGAGGAAGAUCAAGCAAUCACUCUUUUGCAGGAGAGCCUACAGAUCAAACCCAUUUUUUUGGAGAAGUUAUCCAUUCCAGACUUGCCUGCAAACCGAGUCACCGAAUUGAAAACUUUUGUAGGGAAGUUGUCAAAGCCAAGGAAGCCUUUAAUGAACAUAGAUAAUUUGCCUCGAGAUAUGAACAGUGUGACCCCUGAAAAACCUAGACAGAAUGUAGGAAACCCUUGGCAGCAAUUAGCAUCACCCACACCACCAAAAAGUCCAUUUGCUUUAUUGCCGUCAUUGCAGAAGCGCCUUUCACAGUCAAAGCCAUCUGUUGAUUCAUUUUCCACUCUUGAUUGUACACAUUCGUCUGUAAGAAACUCAUCUCAAAGUGAUACGGCAGGAGAUGGACUCAAGCUCAUUGAUUAUGGGAAGCUAUCUGAUAAAUCGGAUGAACCUUUGAUCAAAGAUAUUCAGAUUUCAGUGGAGAAAACUGUCAGAAAUUUGGCCACAACUUCUGGAAUAUCCGGGGAAGACAAUUCAGGGAAACCUGCUUUUGGUACCGAUAUUGACUCAAAUGAAUCUCACCUUGAUCUAGAGGUAGAUGCUGGAGGCAGAAAUAUGAACAAGGUUAUUAAUGACAUAGUAAGCAUGCUAAAUUCUGAGGUAAAUGAUGACCCCUCUAAGCAUAAAGAAGACACUGUCAGAACUUGUGCCAAUACUUCUGAAAAUUCGAAGGAAGAUAAUCCAAAGGAACCUGCUUUUCCUGCUGAUGUAGACUCAAACAAGUCUCACGUUAAUAUGGAGGCACACGUAGGUAACCGAGUUGUGGAUGAUACAACCCGCAGGGCAAAUUAUGAGGCAAAUGAACCCCAUAAAUUGAUGGAGGACACUGUCAGAACUUGUGCUGAUAUUUAUCAAAACUCCAAGGAAGUUAAUUCACCAGAACCUGCUUUUGGUAUUAAUGUUGAAUCAAAUAUAUCUCAUGGUGACAUGGAGUUAGAUGUUGGAGCGAGUGAUGUGGGUAGCAGGUUUGUGGAUGGCACAAUAAGCAAGAACUAUGAGGUAAAUGAACCCUGUAAAUUUAAGGAUGGCACUGUCAAGGCUUGUGCCAAUACUACUGGAAACUUCGAGGUAGAUAAUUCAACAGAAACUGCGCUUGGCACAAAUGUUGACUCAAAUAUAUCUCAUGUCGACGUGGAGGUAGAUAUUGGAGGCAGUGAUGUGGGUAACCAGAUUGCUCGUGAUACAAUAGGCAGAGCAAAUGAACCUGGUGAAUCUGCAGGCAAAGUGCAGGAAGUAGUGUCUUCCGAACAAACAGCUGUUGCGGAGUUCAACUUAGUGAACCCACAAGAUCAAUCUGGAGAUGCUCUCUUUGAAGCCAAUUCUGGCGAUGGAAACACCAAUACUUCAGAUGAUGGUCCAGGACAAUUUUUACAGGUACAGAGAAAUACAGACAAGUCCCAGGUUUCAGUAAAUGAGCAGAGGAAAGUUAAAUCACGGAAACGCAAAGAUAGAGGACUUUCUCGAAGGCAGAGCCUUGCAGUGGCUGGCACAUCAUGGGAAUCUGGGGUAAGGCGAAGCACUAGGAUGAGGAUAAGGCCUCUGGAAUACUGGAAAGGAGAAAGGCCGGUGUAUGGGCGCGUCCAUGAGAGUUUGGUAACUGUGAUUGGGGUGAAGUGUUUGUCUCCUGGAACUGCUGAUGGAAAACCUAUAUUGAAGACGAAAUCUUAUGUUGCUGAUGAGUACAAAGGGCUGUUCGACAUAGCUUCUCUACAUUGACAUGCCUAUUGUUAUGUUGAGAGUUGAAUAAGUUCUGCCAUUUUUAAUUUCUUGGGCAUCCUGGCUUAGUUAUGUAUCCUGAACUUUGAUCUUUGGUGCUGUAAAUGCAGUCUCGCAUGAAUGAAGUAUUACCUAACAGCCUGUUAUAUUUCUUUAGCAAUAAAAAACAGUUUCUUUCUUCGAUUUAA